UAUAUGCAGUGAGACCUAUUUAGUCUACAGUUUGCGCUACUUCUUCAAAGUACAUCUUUGAUGACACACAUGCUGAUUAUUAUCAAACCUCCAAUUCAAACGACACAUGCUGACUACGUAUUUUUAUGCACUCUCACUAUUUCAAAUUUCUCAUGAAAUUACUAAAACACACCUUUUUCACAAUUGAAUAACCACGAAAGAAUCCUCCUUCCUCAAUCGAAAAAAAAAAAGAGAACAAUCCUUUUAUUCUUUUCAUAGCCAAUGGCAUCCAACCACCCUCCCCUCCGCACCCAUAUUUAUUACACAUUCCAACUUAAGCUUCCAUCUUACUCGCAUUCAACAUCGCUUUGCAUAACCAACUUCUCAGUGACACAUUAUCAUAUCAAAAAUGGAAAUAUUAGAAACACACACAUAGACACAACUCUCUCUCUCUCUCUCUCUCUUUGAUCCGAAUAAUUCUCAAACCCGAACCUUCUCUUUCCAUUGCCUGCUUUCUCAAACAACCCCCCAAUUCCAAGCAUAUUGGAACUGAAACCCCCCAUAACAUGGGAAACAACAACAACAACACCACCACCAUCAUCAAGAACAACCACAAACUCGACCAAGACACCGACAAAAAACAACCUCAAACUAUAACAACAGCAUCAAGAACAUCUUGGGAUCCCAUGAACUCCGCCUUACAAGGCAUGCACCUCAUAGGUUUCAGGAACACCAUCACUUGGUUCUUGCUCUUUAUCUCCGUCGUCUACAUUCUCUACUCUUCCAAUCUCAUCCUCACCACUGACCGCCCUGAUUGUCCUGCAUCGACUUCAACAUCCUUAGAUACCUCCACACAGCAACACCUCCAAACUCUCUCUGACAAUGUCUCUUCCAUCGAUCUCGAACCUGAACCUCCCAAAGAAGAAAAAAAGCGGGUUCAGAAACAAGAACCACCAAGAACAAUCAAAGUUUUAGUUCCCCAGAAGAGAAUUGGAUCCGAUACUGAGCUUAAACACAUUGUGUUUGGUAUAGCAGCUUCAUCGAAUCUGUGGGCAAAGAGGAAAGAAUAUAUAAAGGUAUGGUGGAGGCCUAAUGUGACCAGAGGUGUUGUUUGGCUAGACAAACAGGUUAGAACUACCAGGAAUGAGCCACUACCCCAGAUUCGAAUCUCAGGUGGGACUGCCAAAUUCAAAUACACAAACCGUCAGGGACAGAGAUCUGCACUCAGGAUUUCAAGGAUAGUCUCGGAGACACUGAGGCUCGGUUUGAAGGAUGUGAGAUGGUUUGUAAUGGGAGAUGAUGAUACUGUUUUUUUCGUAGACAAUGUGGUGAGAAUUCUGUCCAAGUAUGACCACACGCAGUUUUAUUACAUCGGUAGCUCCUCGGAGAGUCAUGUUCAGAACAUAUAUUUCUCGUACGCCAUGGCGUAUGGGGGAGGUGGAUUUGCAAUAAGCUAUCCAUUGGCGAAAGAAUUGGAAAAGAUCCAGGACAGGUGUAUACAGAGAUAUCCAGGAUUGUAUGGCAGCGAUGAUAGGAUUCAGGCUUGUAUGGCUGAAUUGGGUGUGCCACUCACCAGGGAAGCAGGAUUUCAUCAGUAUGAUGUUUAUGGAGACCUAUUAGGCCUUCUAGGAGCACAUCCAGUGGCACCAUUGGUGUCAAUUCACCACCUUGAUGUAGUAGAACCGAUAUUUCCUCGAAUGAGCAGAGUAAAUGCUCUGCAACGCCUAUUCCAAUCCGUCAAGCAAGACUCAGCUAGUAUAAUGCAGCAAUCAAUCUGCUACGAUAAAAAUCGACACUGGUCCAUCUCUGUUUCAUGGGGCUAUGUGGUUCAAAUCUUAAGAGGAGUACUCUCCCCGAGAGAGCUUGAGAUGCCAACAAGAACAUUCCUCAAUUGGUAUCCAAGGUCUGAUUACACUGCUUAUGCAUUCAACACUAGGCCUGUCACCAAACACCCUUGUCAGAAGCCUUAUAUCUUCUAUAUGAGCACGGUUCGAUAUGACCGGCCUAAAAGGCAAAUAGUCGGCUCUUACUCUCGUGACAAAUCACGCCAUCCUUAUUGCCGGUGGAAAAUGGCAUCACCGGAAAGCAUCGAUUCCAUCGUUGUCUUGAAAAGGCCGGACCCUCUUCGGUGGCAGAAGUCACCAAGGAGGGAUUGUUGUAGAGUUCUUCCGUCGAAUAAGAAAUCCACAAUGUACUUAUGGGUGGGAAAUUGUCGAGGAGGUGAAAUUAGUGAAUUGUAGAGGAAAUAUAGAAGAUAAAAUUUUUUUCUUGCUCUGUUAUUGUAUGGUUUUUCCUGCUUCUGAAUCAAGAUCUUAUGGAAUAUAGGAAUAAAAUCAAUGCCAAAGCUGUUACUGGGAACAGAGCUCAGAAGACAAUUUUUUUUUUUUUUUCAAGCUUUUAGUUCAGCUAAAAACCCAAUUUUGAAAGCAUAUAGGUUAUCAUAAAAUGAGUGACAUUCAAUUUUACAAUUCUUUUGCUUUAUUUGUCUGUAUAAAUUUUGGUACAGCGCAUUAUGAACUGAUUGUUAUGUUUGUAAAUUCUAGCUGCAACAAUUUCCAUUACUGUUCCUCACAACAACGGAGAUAAAAACAUCUCCAAGGGGCUUCUAUCAAUCACAAUCUCAUAAAGUUUUGAGUCUAUCUGCAGCAAAAGUCUCUCAAUCUCCAUAUCAAUAUUGUGAGGG